UCUGGCAUCAAUGCAGUAAGUGCAAUCGAGUCCAUAUCAGUUCUGCCUCGGCGAUAGCAGGGGGCGGAGAGAACUCCUGCUCGGUCAUCAAAUACCAUUUAAUUAUUUCAAACAAAGAAUAUUUGUAUGUAAUACUAGGAUACAGGCGCAAACGUUCUCAUUAAAUUGUUUGUGAGCAAUGCACAUCCAAGCGGCUUCAUUCAUUUUCAAGUGAAUUAAAUCAAAUUAAAGCAUCUAUAAUCAUUACUCACCACCUGCUGAUUAUCUUCGUGAGGAAUUCAGUGAUGGCGUCUUGCAGAACUUCAAAUCUUGACACUUGGUGCCAGCAAUUAUCCCCUACUAUAAUUGGACAAUAUUCCUUGGAUGGCAAUCGUCAGUUUCAUGACGACGGGAGAAACCUCGCACGGAUAGCCGUUGACUGGAAUGAGGCGCAUGAAAAAGAGGUAAAUUUUGACCUCAACCUUGCUAUGGACCAAGUGCAACGCAAAGAUUUGAAUGAAUACUUCAACGAAAGACUGACGCAUGUGGAGCAGUGGAUAAUGCGGCACCCGGAGUGUAUGCGUCCGAAGCCCGACUUCGUGACGAACCGUUACGAGGCCCGAAUCCUGCUCACCCUGAACAAGCCGGACACUCUUGUGCUGCAUGCCACCAAGGUUGCAGGGACAAUUUAUCUGUGUUCAGCGGUCACCCUCCAGGACAGGCAGAAUAUGAACGCAAGCGAAAAAUAUUUACGUAUGGGUUCGUGGGGAUUUAAGUUCGAGCAGUUCAUGACGGCAGGGUCGGAUCCAAGCACUGGCAAUAACGAGAAGGAAUCGUACUGCCUUGUUGUUCGAGCUCAACUGUCGGAACACUCCAUUCUGUACGGGGCUGAGGUAGACGGGGUUGAUAACAGAGCGCCUGAUGGGCUUCCUCGAUCUACUGACUUGAUCGAACUCAAAACUGACAGGCUGAGACCCAGCGCCAGGAAACAAUCGAUGCCGCCGUACAAAAUGUGCAACACGUGGGCGCAGUGCGCGCUGGUGGGCAUCCCGCGUGUAGUGUGUGGCUUCCGGGAUGACCGCGGCGUCGUGAAGCGUCUUCGGUCCUUCCGUGUGGCGAAUUUACCCUCGGACUCGAAGGGCUUCUUCUCACCGGGUGCGAUGGUGGAUUCUCUAAGCGAAUUCCUUCAGUGGGUCAAAACCCAAGUCGAAGUCGACAGUCCGCAGGCGGUCUAUGAGCUCACAGCUCCGGACGGCUCCUUCCGCUGUCGCCGCUUGCCGCCCACAGAAGCUGAAGCCGCUCGUUUCCUCUCACGUGACUUCGUGAAGGCGAUGUUGAGCAACUGACGUGGUGUCGGUAUGGAUAUCAUGCAGCAAAACUCUACCGAUUGUUCGAAUUUGCACUUCUCUGUAAACUAAGCUGCUGAAUUAAAUGUUGUCGAAGGUCUAAAAACUCACUCACGAAGUGAUAUCGAUUUUAAUUAUGUACUGUACCUCCUCCAAACACACACCACGUUGAGUUGGUUCAUAGUAUUGUUGGGUUAGAUGAGGACACUGGCAGAUUAUUCAUACUUCUAUUUUACUUUGCAGUCGUUUUGGUCCAGAUCUUCGGGUGGCCAGUAACAUGAUUAUUAAUGAGCUUUGUUCACAGAAUUUUGUUAAUUCAAUGCUUAGAAAAUAUUGUUAUUUGCUCCUUCCGUCUGCGUUUGAGUUUUCAGUAUAAAUAAUUUAAAUUUCAUUGUUUUGAUAAACGGUUAAAGAAAUGUUCGCAUUUAGAAUGCCAAUUCCUAAUUCUAUUUUAUGAGCUUCAUUUAGAAUAAUAUAUAAGCUAAAAAUACAUUUUUAUAUAUUUAUAGGAUAUUAAUGCGGUAAUUUUUUACACUACUUGAAUCAGAGGAUUUCGUUCCCGCAACACAAUGGGAUUCUACGUUGUAAAACGAAUGCAACUUAGCAGAGAGCAAGAAUUUCCUGUAGUCUUUCGCUCUGUAUUCGUAUUCAGUGUAGAAAGAAUGGAUCCACCGCCCAUCAGCUAAUAUUCAGCCUUUGAUAUUGAGGCUAAUAUUAAGUCUUUGAUAAUAUUUGAGGCUUAAACGAAUGAAUCAAACGAAAACAAGCCUGAAACAACUAUAUUAAUUGUCAUUGCAAGCAUCAUUAGGUCUCACCGUGGCCUAGUGGGCUAAUUUAUAAAUUUAUCAUUGUUA